AUGAUGCAAGAUCGUGCUGUCGUCAAAAGGAAACGUGUUUGGUGGUUGGCUGAGGAAGAUAAUGGUAUUUAUGUUUACGUUGAAGAAGGAGAGGGAACUUUCCGUAAAGUUUCUAAACUCAUCAACAAGAAAACUGAAGAACCGUUGCAACAUGUAAAAGGGUGCAGGGCCUAUAAAGACGUGUAUAUAAAGUUUCUAUUUCAUCCAAAGAAUAAUGAUAAACCAGAAGCAUAUUUACUUGAACGAGAAAAGUUUGACUGCAACCGUUCUGAUUUCAGUAGAAAGCUGAAAGAAAGUGCAAGUACUUUAGAGUUUGUGACAAUGUUCAAUGACUUAUUCAGUUCAAUGAAUGCGUCUUCUAGUUUUGGAUCAACAUCACCGGAGAGAUUGUCACAUUCAAGUAGCAUUAGUGAUUCGGGUAGUGCGAGUCCCACUGAGGCUGUUCAUAUAAGUAUGUUGGAAAUGACAUCAAAAAAGAAGAGUAAAAAAAGGAGUUUGACAAAGUCGGUCGAAAUUAGUAGUUCUGUAUUAAAAAAGCAGAGGACCUCAAACUCCAAUGAAACUGACCAAGAAAUAAUUGCUGCUGAGGUAACAGGAGCUUAUUGUGGUAUGUUCCAAAUUGACAUUGCGGUUCUGCAAAUCAGGGACCAGAUCCGGGAGUCAGAUCCUGUGUUUUUAAAGAGCCUUGUGACAAAUAUGGUAGAGUUUGCAGAUGAGGCAUAUCAGCCUCUCUGUGUUGUGGUUAAGGAAGUUGGAUCUGCUGCAGACUUUGACAAGAAAAAGGUGAAUGGAUACAACUAUCAUGUAAUUGGUGGUCAGCACUGCUUGUUAGCUACCAAGGAGAUAGCUAAAACUGCCAAGUACCUGGCUGACGAAAGAUUCAAAAGCCGAAACUGUGUAGUAUAUGCUGGCUUGACUACUGAGCAGCAAAGAUGGCUUGCUGUGAAACACAAUUCAACAGGUGAAUUCAGACAUGCCAUCACAUUAAAAGACAAGGUUGAUGUUUGUAGACGGCAUAGAGGAGAUGUACCAGAUGAAGACAAGUUUCGAUGGAAGGCUUCCUGUGGUCUUAUUCUAAAUGAGAAAAAAGGAAGCCAGAACCUUGAGGUUGUAUGUUAUCUGGCAUCUCUUAAUCCAGAAAGUUAUGGAAUAUUAAAGGAAAUUUUUGAAAUGUAUGAAGAGGGAUCUCUAAAGAAACAAAAGCGUAAAAAUGAAAAUAAGUCAAAUCCUGACAUACCACCAUAUGUGUUUAGACCAUUAAGAUCAUUGGACAAUGAAACUGUGACAUUAUUACUAAAAGAUGUAAAAGAAAAAAAAUUAUCAAUUCAAGAAUUAAAAGAAGAGUCACAAUCAUUGUACAAAAUGUCACAUGUGCAGAAGGCAUUUGUACAAUUAAUGGAUUUAAACUCAUGGGAUGAAGCUGUGGCAAAGUUCCCAACAGAAACAACGAGAGAUGCCCUGGUUAGGUUUUCUACUGAAAAAUUUCGCCCAACCAUCCCAGACAUCUUUGUAAACCAUUGCCAAAGACUCCGUAUUGAGAAUCUGUCAGACAGCAGAGAGAAAACCCCUGCCAUUAUUCAUGGCAGAAAUUCUGUCAAAGCGUUUAUUGUAAAUGGAAACUCAAUGGAGAUAGUUCCUGAAGAACUCACUAAAAUUACAGGGCAUGUUACUGGUUUUGACCUUGUAAUUUUAGACACACCACAGAAUUGGCAAGAGAAAGACAUGCAAUCCUUUUUAGUAACAGUUAAAAAUGUCAAUAUAACCGCACGUCUGCCUAAUUACUGUAUGACCGUGUUAGGCGAAAUGGAAAAUCUGCCCACUAUAAAGCUACAGCUAACUGCAGCUGGAUGUACCAAAGUUGACACAGCAUUCUACUAUGUGGAAGAUGCAAUAUCAGAUUCUGUUACACUGACAAACUCCGUCCAUCCAGUGGUUGUAGGGUAUUGGGCAAGUGAUGGGAAGAUUAAAAGAACUAGCCUUAACAUCACAGAUGAGUUACCAAGUAACAGGCACAACUUUUGGAAAACGGUAAAGCCUGUCUUGGAUAAAGAUGGAGAUGGUGUCAUUGUCAACAGCACCCAGAAGAAUGUAGCACUAUUUGAAAAAAUGAUUGAAGUGUUUACAUACCCAAACCAAUGGGUGCUUGAUGCAUGUUGUGGAACAGGAUCUGCCAUUAUUGCUGCAAUGAAAUGUGGAAGAAACUGCAUAGGAUUUGAUAUUGAUGAAAAACAAGUUCAACAUGCGCUGAUAAAAUGUGAUUCUCUCAUUAUUAGUGAUGCAGAGGAUAGUGAAGCAGAAGAUUUAUAA